AUGAGAUUUAAGAGUAAUUAUAUUGCAACAAGUUUUAUUUUAGUCUUAUUAAAAUUAGUUAUUAACCUAUUCUUGUGGGAAAUGGCCGAAACUUUCAAGCUCUUCUCUUGCCUCACUGUUCUUCUAGCUCUCACCAUGGCAGCGCUAAGCCAGGCCCGACCAUUGGAUACCCCCGAGCCAAGCCUUGUAGCUCGACUGAAAUUGGAUGAAGAAUCACCAAGUUGCUGGGAGUCUUUGAUCCAGCUUCAAGCAUGCACUGGAGAGGUUAUCUUGUUUUUCCUGAAUGGCGAGACUUACCUUGGCGAUGCCUGUUGCCACGCUAUACAUACCAUUGGCCAAAAAUGCUGGCCAAACAUGCUGGAAACCCUUGGCUAUACCGCGGAAGAAGGUGACAUUCUCCAAGGCUACUGUGAUCAUGAAACUGCCAAGUCUCCUCCAUCUCCAACCUCAUCAACUGUGAAAUCUAUCAAGGUUGUUAAUCCAGUGAAAACUCUGCUCCCUUGA